AUGCGCCGCCUCUCCUCCACCUCGCGACCUCUCCUCUCGUUCAUGGCCUCUGCUCCUCCUCGCCAUUCCUGGUCGCCACCAGCGCUUGCACGACGAGCUUUGCCACUCAUGGAGGCUCCCAGUCUAGCUGCCCCUCGAAUUUAUGGAUUAUUUCCUCAUGGAUCUCGGGGCAUGGCGAGCACCAGCGGAUUCAAAGGCGAUGAUUCAGCUAAACCAGACGCGCGAUCGCUCAUCUCUUCUACCAAGGAUCGCUCUGCCAUCAGCCAAGGCAUGGAAACCGCAGAGACGAGUGGCACAACCUUGGAGGUUACAUAUCCUAUAGCCGGCACACAUGACGCAUUUGCCAAAACUGUGGACAUCUCUGGUUGUGAGGAAAACGGAAGGAGUUCAACCAACAAGGAUACAAAGAGGGCAUCGGUAGCAAGCGAUGGCCAAGAAGAUGAUGUAGAUGUACUCCCCAUUGGAAUGUUUCCAAAAAGCACACACCGUGAUCGUUCGAUAUACAGAGCCAAUCAUUCAUGGAAAAGGGAAUAUAAUGUUGCAAACCGUAACGAGACUCGGCUACCAGAACCCACAGAUUGUGACAUCCGCAACGGAAAAUGCAUUCGGCAUAUACCUAAUCGCGUGUUACAAAUUUUGUCAUUAAAGUUGACUAAACUUACUGUGGAUCCUGGCCCAGUAGAGUUGUAUAGAUACAUAGCAGUGCGGGAUUAUAUGGAUACAUUGCUUAAUUAUGUUGUCAAUAUAAGCAGGGAUGAUCCCAUCAUCGUGAAGCAGGGUUCUCUGAUCGCCAUGGCUGGCCCUAAGCGAGGGAUAAAUAUGCUUUCCACUGCUCUAGUGGAAUUUGACAUGAGGAUCAAGGUAGGCAAGGAAGAAAGGCAUGACUGCCAGCUGAUCGAUGGUGUAUCAGACCUAGACGACCUGUGGAGCCCAUGGGACUGUGCACUCAAAUACCACAUCAAUGGCGACUGUGGCACAGUUGAUUUAACUGUAUCACGUAUUGAUCAUGCAGUCAUGGCGAAUGUAGAAGUUGACGUGUCAGAAGUGCGGAGCAGUUUUGAUCUGUGCUUCCGUUGUUUUAUCGGUGGUUAUGACGAAGAGAUUCGGCUCUUCAAUGGUACAAUUGGCGAGUCGCGUCAUUUAACGAGGUCUGUGGUCGCUGUGGUGGAUGGUUCCACUUUGGAUUUGAAGUUCGAGGUUGCCUCGGAGCCAUCCGGUUCAGCGGAGCACUGCUGCUCCUUCAAGGCGGGCACGCAUGGGCUUGAUACUCGAGAGAUGAAGACUGAAUUCGGGUUGAUCUCAGUGAAGGUGACUUGGUCGACUCUGCUCUCCAUCUAG